AGGAAAAGGAAAAGGAAAAGGAAAAGGAAAUAAAACACCAACAUACCUCUUUUUAAUAGUUUUUCGUCAUUAAACAAGUCAAUUGCCUACCAAAGAAAAGGACCGACCGAACACGGCAAUGGUGCACAAAUCAAAGCUCAAGCUGGCCCUCGCGGCCGAAAAGGGCUUGGAUUAUCGCAAAAUCAAGGAGAAGCGCAAGGUCAAGGCCAACCUGAAGGAGAAGGAGAAGAAAAAGGCAGAAAAGGCAAAGCGCUACCGUGGCGACGACUCCGAGUUGCAGGAGGAUGACGAGGAAUGGCAGGAUGAUGAGGGGAGCGACGAGGAUGAAGUAGAGAAUGCCUUGUUCGACAUGGAGGCAGAGGAGUCGGACGACGACGAGGGUGAUGAUGACAAAGAGAUCAACUUGGGCAACUUGGAGGACAGCGAAACCGACUCCGAGUCCGAGGUAGAGAUGGAAGCCAAGAUUAUCCGCCCGAAAAAGUCAAAAGACAAGAAGGAGACCAAGGACAGGACAUCAAAGAAAGCCAAGCCUGCCGCCGCAGCAAACGAUGACGACGAAGAAGACGAAGAAGAAGACGAAGAUGACGAGGAUAUCCCGAUGAGCGACCUGGAGGACCUCCCCGAGGACGACAAGUCGGACCUUGUCCCGCACCAACGCCUGACCAUCAAUAACACGACGGCGUUGCUGGCCGCGCUGAAGCGCAUCGCCCUGCCGACCGACGGCACUGUCCCGUUCGCGACGCACAUGUGCGUCACCCCGGCGCCCGGCACCGCCCCCACCGAAGCCUCGAUCCCCGACGUGUCGGACGACCUCGCCCGCGAGCUGGCCCUGUACAAGCAGUCGCUCGACGCCGCAAAGCGCGCCCGCCAGCUGCUCCGCGCCGAGGGCGUCCCUUUCACCAGGCCCGGCGACUACUUUGCCGAAAUGGUCAAGCCCGACGAGCACAUGGAGAAGGUCAAGGCCAAGCUGGUUGAGGACGCCACCGCCAAGAAGGCCGCCGCCGAGGCCAGGAAGCUUCGCGACCUCAAGAAGUUUGGCAAGCAGGUCCAGGUCGCCAAGCUUCAAGAGCGCGCAAAGGCGAAGAAGGACACGCUGGAGAAAAUCAAGGAUCUCAAGAGGAAACGCCAAGAAGGUGGCUCAUCUGCCCUCGGCGAGCGCGAGGCCGACAUCUUCGACGUUGGCGUCGAGAACGAGCUCAAGAAGCCCAGCGGCGGCAAGCGCAACUCGGCCUUUGGAGACCGGAACCGCGACGAGCCGAACCGCAAGCGCCAGAAGAAGAACGACAAGUACGGCUUUGGCGGCAAGAAGAAGUACUCCAAGUCGGGCGACGCCAUGAGCUCCGGAGAUCUGAGCGGCUUCAGCGUCGGCAGGAUGAAGGGCAAGGGUGGCAAGGGCCCAAGGUCGGCCCCCAGGCCUGGUAAGAGUAAACGGGUGGCGAUGGCUUCCAAGAGGAGAUGAGGAGGGUCAGGUAGCUAGCUUCUUGAGUUCGGGGAGCAAGAGCCGACAGUCGUCUAAAGCGCUUCAGUAUUGAGGUUGGGUUGCUAAUCGGCCUUGAAUGACGGUUGAAAUAAUUUUCGUAUUUACUGUUUUCAGCUGAAAAUAUGGCUGUUAGUAAUCAUAGCAGGUGGAAAACCACACGAAAAUUUCAUCAACAGUGACUUGGCAUCAACGCGAGCUUAGUUAAACUACUGAUGUUGUCAAUAAAAGAUACAACGAGACCUGUGAAUUCCA